CGUAUGUAUGUAUGUCUCUCUGUUUGUCUGUCUGUCAUCUGUCUGUAUGUAUGUGUCUGUCUGUUUGUAUGUCUGUCUGACUGACUCUCUGUCUGUCUUCUGUCUGUCUGUCUGUAUGUAUGUAUGUGUCCGUCUGUCUGUCCGUCUAUUCGUUUGCGUGUCUGUCCGACUGACUCUCUGUCUGUCUGUCUAUUUGUUUGUGUGUCUGUCUGACCGACUCUCUGUCUGUCUUCUGUCUGUCUAUGUGUCUGUCUGUCUGUGUCCGUCCGUCUGUAUGACUGACUCUCUGUCUGUCUGUCUAUCUGUCUGUCUGUCUGUCUGACUAACUCCCUGUCUGUCUGUCUAUCUGUCUGUCUGUCUGUCUGUCUGUCUGUCAUAUUACCAUCUGUUGGUCACUUUUAUCUUUCUUUUCUAAGAGAGUACACGCUACUUGCUCGUCUGUUCUGUCUGUCUAUUUGUUUGUCCAUUGCCUGUUUGUUUGUUUCGCCUGCUGUACAGAUUCAUUCGUGUGUCUGCUCUUGACCCAUAUUCUUGUGUAACGUUUGUCUGUCUGUCCAUCCGUCUGUUCAUUUGUCUUUCUGUCCAUUUGUCUGUUUUUCUGUCUGUCUGUUUGUCUGUCCCUCUGUCUGUCUGUCUGUACAUCCAUCUGUUUGUCUGUCCCUCUGUCUGUCUGUCUGUCCGUCCAUCUGUUCAUCUGUCUAUCUGUCCCUAUGUCUGUCUGCCUGUCCGUCCAUCUGUUCAUCUGUUUGUCUGUCCCUCUGUCUGUCUGUCUGUCCGUCCAUCUGUUCAUCUGUCUGUUUGUCUGUCCCUCUGUCUGUCUGUCUGUCCGUCCAUCUGUUCAUCUGUCUACCUGUCUGUCCGUCCGUCUGUUCAUUGGUCUUUCUGUCUAUCUGUUUGUUUGUCUGUCCCUCUGUCUGUCCGUCCAUUUGUUCAUCUGUCUAUCUGUCUGUUUGUCUGUCCGUCUAUCUGUUCAUCUGUCUAUCUGUCUGUCUGUCCGUCCAUCUGUCUAUCUGUCUGUUUGUCUGUCUGUCCGUCCAUCUGUUCAUAUGUCUAUCUGUCUGUUUGUCUGUCCCUUUGUCUGUCUGUCUGUCCGUCCAUCUGUCUAUCUGUCUGUUUGUCUGUCUGUCCGUCCAUCUGUUCAUAUGUCUAUCUGUCUGUUUGUCUGUCCCUUUGUCUGUCUGUCUGUCCGUCCACCUGUUCAUCUGUCUGUCUGUCUGUCUGUCCGUCCAUCUGUUCAUCUGUCUGUCUGUCUGUCUGUCCGUCCAUCUGUUCAUCUGUCUAUCUGUCUGUUUGUCUGUCUGUCCGUCCAUCUGUUCAUUUGUCUUUCUGUCUAUCUGUCUGUUUGUCUGUCCCUCUGUCUGUCCGUCCAUCUGUUAAUCUGUCUAUCUGUCUGUUUGUCUGUCCGUCCAUCUGUUCAUCUGUCUAUCUGUCUGUCUGUCCCUUUGUCUGUCUGUCCGUCCAUCUGUUCAUUCGUCUUUCUGUCUAUCUGUCUGUCUGUUUGUCUGUCCCUCUGUCUGUCUGUCUGUCCGUCCAUCUGUUCAUCUGUCUAUCCGUCCGUCUGUUCAUUUGUCGUUUUGUCUAUCUGUCUGUCUGUCCAUCUGUCUGUCUGUCUGUCCGUCCAUCUGUCCAUCUGUCUGUUUUCCUGUCUGUCUGUUUGUCUGUCUAUCUGUCCGUCUGUCUGUCCCUUAAGACUUUUGCUUGAAUACACAUCUACCCUUUCCAUCUCUCACAUACUUUCCCUUUCAUUCACACCUGUUCUCACAAACCAUCCACCCAUACUGACCCUUCAGUCAGUCCACAACCUCUCUACCUAACACACUGCACCACAUGCUAUUCAAUCAACAAACCGGUGAUGCAGAUGCCAUAGGAGGAGCACUCGGAGAGGUAGCGUUCGAAGGUGUUUCACAAAGUUUGCUUGGAAGCC